AUGGGUGCACCAGUCAUUCUAUGUGGCAAAACAGAACAAAUCGGCCAAGGCGUGAUUGCCACCCUAAAGCCCGAGUACGAUGUUAUUCAUUUUGUGAUGUCCCCGGCAAGUGGUGCCGUGCAGAUCCCCGCCAUUUUAAGGGGGGACCAGCAACCGCCAUCAGACUCUAGACUGGGCAGCAAAGAUUACUCUAAACCGCCAGUCGCCGUCAUUCUAGGCGCGGCUUUCGACGAUGGUGAUACCGCUGUGAUGAUGGAGGCUGCGGCAGGCAUCAAGCCCAUUCCAUGGCUACGCCCAGACCUCACCAAGGCUACUCCACCCGUAGGUCCAGAGUAUGGCAAGGCGCUCGUUGCGCGUAUUAAGGUACUUCUGGCACAGCUGGAAAAGGAGGGCAAGAUGAAUGAGGAGACGGUUCAAUGGUACUGA